AAACUUCAGGACACCUAUGACGAGGCUUCGAUAGAGGCUCCUAUGCAUACAACAUGGGAAAAAUGGGUAGCCCAGGAGACUCGCCGGCGAGCCAUCCAGUUACUGGACUCCCUGGCGCUCAUCUUUUGUAACCUUCAGCCCGUCUUCCAAGCAAAUCAACUACCAAUGAUCGAGCCCUGUGCCGACAAUCUCUGGAGGUCCCACACUGCGGAAGCCUGGAGCACAGAAAUGGCCGAGGCAACGGCCAAACCUCGGGGGUGUAGUGUUCAAAGCAGAGCCCCUCAGAAUUUCGACGGUUUUUCUAGCAGUUUCGCACUGGUUGUAGCUUGCAUGCAGGAGAGACAGCUUCUUAUCUCCCUUGUUGGCCCCAACAACCAUCUCGAAGCUUUUGCGAUUGAAAGCUCUCUGGGUGGGGCUCACUUACGUUCUUUUGGAUCGUCCUUAGCCCAGUCUUUCGCCGACACCAAGCUUCGUCGUCUCAACGAUGAAAUCGAAAGCUUGACAGAACGGUUCAUUUCCUUUGAUGCAGGAGGUCGUGGGGAAGUAGAAGGUCGCAAUAAGGUUGCCUCUCUCCUCUUUCACACAGCGUCAAUCUUCAGGCAUGUCUCUUUCCAAGCUUUACUUCGCCUAUCAGGUUGGCAUUCAUCCACCGCUGAGAUGGAGAAUGCGACAGGCGAAUUAGAAGGCUGGGUUCUUCGUAAUCCUGGAAGCUCUAGGAAGUGCCUUUCUCAUGCUGCAGCUAUCUUUGCUCAGUUAAGAUCCACUCGUCAUCUCGCAUGCAUUGAUCGAUUGGCUCUCAUCUCGGCCGUAAUCUAUGUACGCCUUUAUGACCUCUCCAGGACGCGGGCACCCAUCAACUUGGCCGGGCUAUCUAGCCUGUUGUCUCAUACCUGGGAGUAGACGUCCCAUUCAUAGACCGAGGACAAAGUGGGAUCCCGACUCCGUCCCAACAUAAGGUUACCGUUGCAUGCGAUCCACAUCAUUCCGAUAACUCCACCAGCCCGAACUGAGUGCUUCACUAGGUCUAUGCUAUUCCAAAAUUCUGCGGCGCGAUUACUAACUAAGUUCCUAUGCGGGUCAGUCUCGUGGAAUUUCUGUCUCCAACGGAAUUUGUUCAGUCACCAUUUUAGACAGCUUCCAGAUCCCUCCGUGGACCCUGGGCUUUCACUCGAAAGUCCAAUUGAGCCUACAUAAUACUACAUA